GUGCGUCCUUGUGCUGUGCCUACUGUAAGUGCCUUUACCUUAGUUUACGAUAACAGAAGUUUUCCAAAAUGUUCAGACAACUAUUGGGACUUCGGCUGCUCUCCAGGCGGACCAUCACAAGCAGUGCCCGCAGACAGGCUGAUAACGGUGUGAAGGAAAAACAAAAACUGUUUCAGGAGGACAACGGUUUACCUAUCCAUCUGAAGGGCGGGGUGAAGGACGCUCUCAUCUACAGAUUCACAAUGGCUCUCACUGUAUUUGGGAGUGGAUAUGUGGUGUACGAGCUGUUUACUGCUGCGAUGCCCAAGAAGGCAUAGUGAAACAGGAUCGGACUAUCUGACGGAACAAUCAUGCACUCGCUGCUCACUCAUCAAGUCUGUGCUGCUCAGAUUUGUAUUCUUGGACAUUAUUUGUUCUAUCAAUACUAUCAAUAUGUGUCAUGUUUGAUGUAUGUAUUGACUGUACAAAUCAUGAGCUGUUGAUAAUAAUAAAAAUAUAUAUCUUGUGAAA